AUGAGAAUGCUGCUUCUACACUUUGCUAUUUAUCUGAUUUUGGCGAAGUUCACCAAUUCGGAUCGCACCAAUUUCGCCAUUGACGUUGGCGAAAUGGCGACGAAGGCGAUACACAUCGAGCAAAUCGUCAAAGCGUCGUCCCUUCUGAAUGCCACAACUAUUUGGCUUCAUCUCGACACCUCGAAUCUGGUCUCCUUGUCGUUGAACGCCUGUCACAAUUUGACCAAGCUUUUCGAUGAAGCUUCCACAGGUUCCUACCCGUUGGAUAUCGCGCAAUUCGCCACCAACUGCUCACACUUUUUGAUUAUUCAAGCUCGCCAACUACCGGCUUUGGGAAGUUUCGAGUUUUCGCUAGGCAACGAUCGGAUUCCAGUGGCGUAUGGUGAAGAUUUUCGGGUGCAAGAAUCUCACGACUAUUUGAAAAAGGUAAAAAUCCAAUCGCUGAAUGAUACUGUCGAGGUCUCAUUCACCACAUUGAAUGACACCAAGAAAGAGAUAUUUAUCUCUUUUUGUGAGACCAAACCUGGAAAAUUGUUCACCUCAACCUACUCGAAAAAUUUCGACUUUUCUAUUGGUGCCCCUUUAAUCGAACAAUGUUACGACGAAUUCUCCUGCGAUAAUUCGUCGCCCAGCAUUCCUAUUUCGCUCACUCCGAUGUUCAUUCGAAUCAAAUCGUCGAGCGCGAUCGGAACAAUCCAUGUGAAAGUGAAUGGCCAAGAGCCGCCAGUGAGUGGAAUUCAUGCCAACUACGAGAAUAAGAGAUUCAAGCUUGAGCAUAACACAAGCAUUACAUAUGUGAUGGAGUAUGAUCCGAAAUAUGAUCAGAUUUUAGUGGAUUUCGAUGUCGAGUUGGGUCCCGUCGCGACUACCGUAUCCCCUUGCAACACCACCGACGAUUGGGUCUCGAUGGGAAUGUUCGCAGCGGGUAGAUCAAAUCAUCUCGAUAUGAACAUUGAGCAAAUUAUGGCAAAUUCAUCGUGCAGUUUGUUGGAGAUUGAGCCGAACAAAAUGUUCGUCCGAUUCUUGGCCACCAGCGGGCCAUCCUGGAUCAACCUCUGGCAUCCGUCAAUUGGAAUCACAUGGCCAUUGGCGGUGCUUCUCAUCGUUCUAAUCAUCCUAAUGCUAUUCGCAAUACUCUUCCUCAAUUUGUACAUGGCGACGAAGACUGGCAAUUAUCCGGUGCCACGUUUCACGCGUCCAGUUGUGCCGAAAAAUUAA